AUGGCAUCCACUUUCAAGAGCGACGUGGAGAUCACUCACAUUGGUACUGCAACCGCAAUCUUGAGUAUCAACGGCAUCAACAUGCUCACUGAUCCCUUUUUUUCUCCUGCUGGAACUCAGUGGCCAACAAGCAUGGAGCCUAUGCUCGAAAUUACCGAAAGUUCGGCUAUGGCGUUGCACGACUUACCUGUCAUUGAUGCGGUCCUGCUCAGCCAUGAGAACCACUUCGACAACUUGGAUGACCUUGGCCGCCAAUUACUCGAUGGUCGUCGAGUUUUAACCACUCCGGACGGCGCAAAGAACCUGGCUCCACGCCCUGCUGUUCACGGGCUCUAA